GUAAUAUGUACAUCUUUUUGUUCUUUUUAAAGCAUGUGCCUCCCUUAUGGUUAGGACCCUGCAUCUCUUGAGAUGGGUGGAAAGGGUGCGAGGUUGCCAAGUUUCUGCUUAAACAAGAUUAGGCGUCACGUUCGUGUUCGUGAAGUGAUUUCAGGUAAAAAAGAUCAGAAAAAUGAGAAUUCUGUCAACGUCGGAGAAGCCAAUUCUGGUGGUGCAACGCAACGCGGGCUGGGGCUGGUAAUUGGGAGGAAAAUCAUGGUGGUGAUUGAUUCGAGCCUUGAAGCCAAGGGGGCUCUACAUUGGGCACUAACUCACACCAUCCAGAGCCAAGACAUAGUUGUUCUUCUUUAUGUAGCCAAGCCUUCUAAGCAAGGUGAGGAGUCCAGCACAGAAAUAGCUCCAAGAGUUUCUGAAUUUCUUCAAUCUAUGAAAACUAUGUGUAAACGGAAGAUGCCUGAGGUGAAAUUUGAGGUUACAGUGGCAGAAGGGAAAGAAAAAGGUCCAGCAAUAGUUGAAGAGACAAAGAAACAAGGGGUGGCGCUACUGGUUCUAGGGCAGAAGAAGCGGUCGGCUGUAACGUGGCGGCUUCUGAUGACGUGGGCAGGGAAUCGGAGUGGUGGUGGUGGUGGUGGUGGUGGGGUGGUGGAGUACUGUAUCCAAAAUGCAAGCUGCAUGGCAAUUGCAGUGAGGAGGAAAAGCAAGAAGCUUGGAGGGUAUUUGAUCACCACUAAGUGUCACAAAAAUUUCUGGCUUCUAGCUUGAACACUGUUUCAUUAACUUGGGUGGUUUGUUGCAAUGAUCAUAUGAUCUUGGAUUGUUUGAUA